CCUUUUAUUCCAUCUUUUGUUAGUACAGGUUGAGACACUGAGCUGCACCACGAUUGUGAAAAUAUACGGAGGUUUCUUUCAACAUGACAUCUCGUGUGGGUCCCAGAGCUGCUGGUACCAAUGGAAGUGAUUUCAAACGCAGAGAAAGGGUCAGCCCAAACUACCAAAUGAGUGCUACCCUGAAGUCGGAGGUUAAGAAGCUAAACUUGAUCCACUUUCUGAUCUGGCUGCUUGUUGCUGCACAGGUGACCAUCAGCCACUUCAACCUGCUGUCUCAUGACAUGGUGUCCAUGCCGUACCAGUGGGAGUACCCUUACCUGCUCAGCCUCUUCCCUCUGCUCUGUAGCAGUUUGUCACUUCCAAAGAACAAUAUCAGUUACUUGGUCAUAUCCAUGAUCAGUGCAGGGUUGUUCAAUGUGGCACCUCUUAUUUAUGGUGGGAUGGAGAUGUUUCCUGUAGCACAGCAGCUCUACCGCCAUGGAAAGGCCUACCGCUUCAUUUUUGGCUUCUCUGCAGUGACUGUUAUGUACCUCAUCAUGGUGGUUGCUAUUCAAGUGCACGCCUGGCAGUUAUAUUACAUGAAAAGGCUGUUAGACUCAUGGUUCAAUGCCACUGAGGAGAAAAAGAAGAAAUAAUAAGUGAAGAAAUGUGUGACUGGGCAAUACUGUUUUUAUCUACAUUUACACCAGACCUUUGAGACUUAUUCAUGGUUUAUUAUGUCAUCAACAUAGAGCACACCUUAGAAAAGUUAUUGUUCCCUGACACAUACAUAUAGAAUAGUGGAAAUCCAUUUAGUGAUUUAUGGAUAAUUUAAUUUUUUGUCUGCAUUUAUAAAAUGUCACCCUGGCCUCAGGACUGGAACUUUACUAAAAACGUGGUUGUUGUCAUUAUCCCUGUAAAAAUGUUAUCAUGAUUUGAACAUAAUGGGUGUGGAGUGUGUUCACACAUAUACUGUAAGUAAGAUGAUAGCAUUUAUUGUUCCAAUAUACAGACUUGACUAUGUUGUUUUUAAACAACACGGAUCGAGGCAACAAAUAGGGCAGUGUAUUCAAUGUUUUAAUAUCUUAUUCUUCUUGUACUGUUUGCUUUGAAACAUGCAGUACUGAAAGGAAGUUGAUUGUCUCUCUGCAGAUGUGACGUUUCAUCCUUUUUAUCUCUACUACGAUACUUUUUCCAGAAUGCAUUCAGAUCCUUCUAAAUAAAUGCAGUAAUUACA